CUCAGCGAUUCUCAACUUUCUCUCUCUAAUGAGAGAGAAACUCUUCUCCCUUUCGAUUCCAUCGCCUUUGCUUUCGAUCCUUUGCUAGAUAGAUAGAGAACCUUAUUCCUUUCUCUCUCUCUCUCUCUCACACACACACUUUUGUUUCUCUCUUCAAAUUCGCUUCGUUUUCUUCCAUUUUCACCUUUUCUCAAUUUCGUUGAAGCCGUCUGAUGCACUUUGGUCUCUCAAACUAAUUUGUUGGAUUCAUUACUCCAAUUGCUAGCUGAUGCACGUGUAAUGUGAUGACGGGAAGCAUUGACCCAGAAGGACAAAAUUUGUUUUUCCUUUCUGUAAUGGGGAGUCUGAGUCUCAUCUGUAUACUCUUCUCUUCCCCUGUUCUGUUGAACAUUUGGAAAUGGCAAAAGGAAGCAGGGGACGACUCAGAAUUGCUUCUCGUAAGUACAAACUGACUCCAUACCCACUGUCUCCAUGCAAAAGGGAUAUUUGUGAGGAUAUGUGCCAAAAGAAAUGCUCUAAAGCCUUGGAUAAGAAAGAGUGGGAAGAUGUAACGUGUUCUGUGUGCAUGGAAUAUCCACACAAUGCUGUUCUUCUCCUUUGUUCUUCUCAUGACAAGGGUUGCCGUCCCUAUAUGUGUGGAACUAGCUUUCGCCAUUCCAACUGCCUUGAUCAGUACAUGAAAGCUUAUACCAAAAUUAUUUCAUCAUAUAAUGGACAGGCCAUGCAAGGCUCGAUGAGUAAUCCAGGUUUGCUGCAAGAUUCAAACACUCUUGAGAAGAGUGAAGUCUCAGAGCUCGCAUGUCCCCUAUGCAGGGGUCAGGUGAAAGGUUGGACUGUUGUGGAACCUGUGCGGGACUAUCUGAAUGCAAAGAAAAGAAGCUGCAUGCAGGAUAACUGCUCCUUUGUUGGGAACUAUAAGGAGUUGAAGAAGCAUGUGCGGGCAGAGCAUCCCUUGGCAAGUCCGCACACGGUAGAUCCUGCUCAUGAACAGAAAUGGAGAUGGCUUGAGUGGGAGCGUGAACGGGAAGAUGUUAUCAGCACAGUAACAUCAACCAUGCCUGGGGCAGUGGUUUUUGGAGAUUAUGUUAUAGAAGGACACCAUAAUAAUGACUUUCAUACAGAUGAAGAGGAGGGUGCCCUUGAUGCAGAUAAUGCAGAAAGGAAUGGAAGAUUUCAGAUGGGUUUAGAGGCCAUGAAUUUCUUCCUCCUGUUGCAUGCAGUUCGUCAGGGAAAUGACCUCCACAACCUUAGUAGACGACUGAGGCCUGAGUUAGUAGCCGGGCAGGAUGGAGCUGGAGAGCUGGAUAUCUCAGAUGAAGACAAUGAUAGUGGCAGGUUGAAUGAAGGUAAUGAUGAUGGUGUCUCUCUGGUUAGCCGCCUCCGCCGCCAUGGUGGUGGCAGAGUUCUAUUGGGUCGUUCUAGUAGGAGGCGAAGGCGGCGACAAGCACACGCAAGGAUCGGAGAUAGUUGAAGAUCGUGGUUGCAGCAGGAGGUUGGAAAAGGACAAGUUUCGUAGGUGUAUGUUACUCUAGAAAAUUCAGCACCAUAUAAUGGUGACUUAAUAACAGUUGAAGGGUUUUUCUUUCCCGGAAACAGGAAAAUCCAAGGAUGGGCAUUUUCAUUCUUCUAUCUUGUAAUUUCUUUUACAUGUACAUUCCUACCUUCCUCCUAUUACCUUUGCACAUUCCAAUGUUUAAUUUACUCAUGUAAACAUUUAAUUUUUAAGAAACCUUUGGCGAGAGGUUGAUUGCCAUGUAAAGAUCCCAGGAUUGAACAGUUGCUAACUGGCCGUUUAUGCAAAUAUAUAAACUAGAAUUCUGGGUGGCAAA